AUGGUUAGGCUCGAUAUUGUUCGCGCAUUUUCUGCACCUGAAAGAUUAUCGUUUAAUCAAGAUCUUCGCAAAAGGAUUUUGAUGUUGGGCGACCUAAAGUUUGAGGCUGUGAAUGGUUGUCCUAAGGACUUAGCCCUUUUGAUUGGUGAAUUGCUGGAACACGCAAAAGCCAAUGCAAGUGGUAGUCUAGGCGUGGAGAGAUAUAAAGAGAUUCUUCAGAGUUCGAUACAAAAGCUAUGCGUAUGGGAUAGCUCCAAUUGUCAAUACCCCGAUAAUAAUCCUCUCUGGAUUCACGUCGGCGACGCAUUUCGCCAUACUUGCAUGUUGCGUGCCCUCCGUCUGUUAGACGUCACCGAAUCCGCUGAAGCGUCACGAAUUCAGACCUCGGUUACUGCGAUUUUGAACGCAGUCUCAAAGAUCCCGAAAGAAAGCCCACUAAUCGAAUUGAUGAUUUUACCGAUCUUUAUGGCCGGUGUAGAUUGCAUUGUUCCAUAUUCGCAGCACUAUAUUGUUCUCCGAAUUGCGGAGAUAAAAGCUCGGUCAGAGAUGAGCAACGCCGCGCCUAUCCAGUUACUGAAUAAAGUAUGGCACGAGCGAGAGAAGAAUUCACAGACACCUCAUUCUAACAUUCCUUGGAUGUCUUUUGUAAGAUUUGCUUGA